AUGGGCUGCUUCACAUUCGUCAAAUUGAUGAUGUUCUUGUUCAACUUGCUUAUCUUUCUGGGCGGCCUGACCCUGUUGGCCAUGGGGAUCUGGGUGAGUGUAGAUGGUGGCUCCUUCCUCCAUCUGCUGGGGCCGUUCUCUAGCCAAGCCAUGCAGUUCGUCAACGUGGGUUUUUUCUGCAUCGCCAUCGGGGUCGUGCUAGUGCUGCUGGGGCUUCUCGGCUGUUGUGGGGCCCACAAAGAGAGCAAGUGUCUGCUGCUCACGUUCUUCUCCAUCAUCCUCAUCAUAUUCAUCGCUGAAGUAGCAGCUGGAGUCGUGGCUCUGGCCUACUCCUCAUUUGCUGAGGGGAUCCUCAGAGCGUGGGCGACCCCCGCUCUACAGAAAGAUUAUGGCAGUGAGCCUGUGGUCACUAAGAUUUGGAACACCACCAUGACCGAGCUGAAGUGCUGUGGUUUCACCAACUACACAGACUUUGUGGGCUCUAACUUUGAAAAGGAGAAUGGAGGCAGUCUGCCGCCCAGCUGCUGCUGGACAAACAGCGCCCCCUGCAGCUCGGCAGAGGCAGAGCGCAGCGCUGUGCAGGGCUGUUUCAAACAAAUCCUGGAGACCCUCAAAGAACACGCCAACAUCGUGGGAGGCAUCGCAGCAGGAAUAGGAGUCUUGGAGAUUGCUGCCAUGAUAGUGUCCAUGUACCUGUACUGCCGCCUGGACAAGAGCAUCAGCUGA